GUGCAUAUCAGCUCACAACCACUGGAAUCAAGGAGAAUAUGUGUAGGCAGCACAUGAACGAGGCAGAGAGAGACAGAUGGAGACAGAGAGAGACUGAGAGAUAGAGGGUUGGCGGGUGGAUGGAUGGAAGAGCUGCAGACGAGAAGAUGCUUCAGCUUCGUCAAUGUUUCCAGCAUCAUGAGGACAAUACAGAACAACCUGCAGAAACGGACUGACAUAUCAGCAGCUUCCUUCUGAUUUAAAUCAAGCAGGAUCACUAACAUCUGGAUCACAUCAGAUCAUAAGGACACCUGAAACAAAGGAAUACCAGCAAGACAAAGCAAACUAAAUGUAUUAAAUGUAAAACUCCUGUAGGCAUCUCUCUUUUAUGGUGGUACGGUGGAAGAGCUUCAACUCCAGAUGAACUAAUCAAUAUGCUGUGGAUCACAUUCUCCACUGGGAGGUUGUUCUUGCGGCAAGAGCACAUAAAGAGUAAUGCUGAAUACUUUGAUUCACAGACUUAAUUUCUUUUUAAUGAGCUGGAAUGUGUUCCCUCUGUGAAGAAUUAGAAGUUAAAUGAUUCUCAGUGAGCUAUGCCCUUCAACACCUUCACACUCUCAUAGACAAUCACAGGUUUGCUUAGGAAAUCGAAGAGGAAUGCUCAAACUGCUUUUGGAUUCCAGAGUUCUGAAGGAACUGGAGUCCCUUAGGAGAUGGAGAUGAGACUCAUGUGAGGCUGUCGGGUUGGUCGCAAGGACAUGCGUAUUGGACUGGUGCAAAAAAAAUUCUACGACACUAGUAGAGGAAAAAGUAGAGGAAAAACUAACAAUAAGACAUUGAGUGACAUUUGGAAAUCACAUACAGAAAGGACCAACUUGGGUACAACAUAUCCAAAAACACAAUUCAAUACAACAUAAAAUGGCUGAACUUGCUGGAUACAAUGGCAGCGAAAGCUUCAUGUUCUCAACUGGUCUGCCUUUCAACUCUACUGGCGACUAUGACUAUUAUGAACCUGACCCCGAUGCCAGCAAGAUCAUCAUCCCCUCCAUCUACGCACUGGUGUGCUGCGUCGGCGUCACAGGAAAUGCCAUGGUCAUCUACGUCAUCCUCAGGUACGCCAAGAUGAAGACGGCCACCAACAUUUACAUUCUCAAUCUCGCCAUUGCAGAUGAACUCUUCAUGUUAAGCGUCCCCUUCCUAGCGACUUCGGCAGCGGUGCAUCACUGGCCGUUUGGUUCGCUCAUGUGCCGUUUGGUUCUCAGUGUGGACGGCAUCAACAUGUUCACGAGCAUCUUCUGCCUGACCGUGCUGAGCGUGGACCGCUACAUCGCAGUGGUGCACCCAAUCAAAGCGGCUCGCUACCGUCGGCCGACCGUCGCCAAAGUAGUCAAUGUUUGCGUGUGGGGACUUUCGCUGCUUGUAAUUCUGCCCAUCAUCAUCUUUGCAGACACAGUGCCGGCGCAGGACGGAGGAGUGGACUGCAACUUUCUAUGGCCAGAGUCCUCAUGGUCAGAAGCGUUUGUGGUCUACACAUUCCUACUGGGUUUUUUGCUCCCCGUGGCAGCCAUCUGCCUGUGCUACUGCUUGAUCGUGGUGCGCAUGCGAGCGGUGGGUCUAAAAGCGGGCUGGUUGCAGCGGCGGCGCUCUGAAAAGAAGAUCACACGUAUGGUGCUGCUGGUGGUUGCCGUUUUCGUUCUCUGCUGGAUGCCGUUUUAUAUUGUGCAGCUGAUUAGUGUGUUCCGCAAACCGCCGGACCCCAUGGUGACUCAGCUAUUUGUCAUUCUAAGCUACGCUAACAGCGGCGCCAACCCCAUUCUCUAUGGAUUUGUGUCGGACAACUUCCGCCGCUCAUUCCAGCGCAUCAUUUGCUUCCGCUGGUUGGAGAACGGACUGGAUGCUGAGCAGGUGGACUAUUGUGCUGUGGCCCUGCGGCGUCAGACCACAUGCGGCCCACCGGAUUUUCCAAAGGAGUGCUUGGCUUCCGACAUGGUGUUUCGUAAUGGAACCUGCACAUCCCGUACCACCACUCUGUGAGAGGGUAUUCAAUGAGAGUUUAUAAGGAUAUUUGGCUCCGAAAUAUAAGUUUUGUCAUUAUUUACUCACCUUUAUGUAGUUCCAAAUCUGUACUUUCUUUAUAGAUAUUUUGAAGAAUGUUGAGAACUAAACAGUUUUGGUGACCACUGGGUCCUAUAGUAUACGCACACAAAACAAUUUAACAGAUUUCUCAAAAUAUCUUUUUAUGUCAAACAUAAGAAAUGUAUACAUGUUUGGAACAAAAUGAGGUAAAUAAUGACAAAAUUUAUUUUUUGGGGGUGAACUAUCCCUUUCUCGUUUCAUUCACUGAGACUUGAAGUGCAUUACCAAUUGGCAAAUGAUAGUUGCAUUGGCUAAAAGCUCAUGCAAUUUAUUUCUGUUGAAAAUGAACACAAAGGUAGACCACUCUGAGCAACAUGGUCUUACAAGUAGAAGUUAAAAUUGUUACUGUACCCUAAUAUUUCUUUAGUCUACAAUAAUCCUACCAUGAUACUAAUUAAUUAAAAUAAUUCAUGCAUUCAGAUUUAAGCAUCUAAAGAGAGGAAACAGUUGUGAGAGGAGACAGUCCGGUGCAUCUGUAUAGAUAACAACCGAAAUGUUUGUUUAAUCUUUCAUGAGCUUUUCAUCAACUGAUGUGUAGACAUUAUUUUAAUUCAAAUGUGCUUAAGGGAAUGGUUAACAUCAAUCACACAACAUGAUGUGGUAAUUAGAAUACACAAUUUACACCUUAUGGAAGUGUGAUCACAUUUAUCAUUGCUAAGCAUAAUUUUAUGUUUUUAUGUGUUGACCAAGAGAAAGCUGCUUGCUUUAAAAGUGACCUCUGUGUGAAUGAUGCAUUACUACACUAUUAACUAUUUGUCUGAGAAAUUUCAUUAAUGUGACUGCAACUUAAUAGGUCAGCAAGGUCAGUAUAUUUGGUGCUCUUGAUGAAGUCAUGAGAGAACGAGGAUGUGUUAUUUCUCAGUUUGCCUUAAAAUACUACUGAAUUGCCAUCAAAAACUAUUUAUGUGGUGUAGAUUGCCCAGCAAGACCUCAUUAUGAACAACCAAUAUCCCCUUCUGUUAAUUUUGUGAUGCUUAUGUAAUAAUGUUAAUUGUAGAUUAAUUGUAGAUUAAUGUUUAUAUGAAACAUAUGUUCAAAUGGUUAUAUGAUUAGUUUGUGGAUUCUAAUUCUGUGUACUUCUGAAAGCACAAUAUCACCAUAACAAAAUACUUCAUUUGUUCUUGCUUAAAUCAUUAUUUAUUUUAUGUUUGUGAGCCAAAUGAGCCCAAAUUUACUCAGUUUACCCUGCUUUAAAACUGUGUUGUGGAUACAAAAUGUUGAUAUUUUAAAGUAAAUUUUAAAAGACAAUAAAAGUUGAGUGAACCUG